AUGAAGAAGUAUAAUAUUCAAUACAUGGGAGAAACAAAAAUGAUAGAGAUCCGUGUAGAGAUGAGUCAACUUUUAGGAUUCCAGAAUAGUCUUAAGGAUGUGGAAAAGAACAUGAGAGAAAAAAUUCAAGAGGAGAAUUCGAUAGGAGAGGAGAAGAGGAGGAAUCCGAAUUUUGCUGUUAUAUUGGGCAAAUUUAUUUGUGAUAUACUAUGA